UGAAGAAUGCAUCACCUGCCAUUACAAAUUUAUCUGCUGAAAUUCAGAAAGAUGGCCUGCUUUCAUGUGCUAUAGAAGUGGUAACUGAAACCUUGACUGCAAACGUUAUUGGACCAGGAGAAGCCUUAAGCAGCAUUGGCAAGCCACUUUCAGUGUACCGAAGCUCAGGCCUAUAUGAUGUUAUUACUCUUGCAACUGGAUAUAUGGUCGUUGCGUCUUUGGUCUUCGUUUGCUAUCCUCUUGCAUCAAAGAUACGCUACUAUCUAAGGAAAUUCCAGACAAUGAUGAUAUAUCCGUUCUUUCUGAUAAUUCAUCUCAUAGUUCUUCCUUUGGUGUAUGGCUGGUGGCUGGAUGUUUGUACCAUUACGAUGCUUGGGAAGUCAUUUUCUGAUAGGAUAGAAUUCUUAUUGAAAUUCCCUUUAUUAAGUUCUUCAAUGCAUUGGGCCGCACGAAUCAUAUACAUGUUCCAGAUACACAUUUCUACUAGCCUUCUUCAAAGGGUUUUGCUUAAAGAAGUUCUAUACAUUCUCCAGUAUUUAGCAGAUCCAAUCGACAUCAUUUUACAUGGACUUAUCAGUCAUGUGUAUUUGCAAGCUAGUCGACUUUUGUUCUCCGUUGCUAUUAAUGGCAUUUCGAUAGUAUUUCUAGUAUAUUUACCAGCCAUACUGGCCAUGCGAUUAGCACCAACUAUCUUCCCUCUGCGUAUUUCUGUAUCUGACCCAUUCACUGAGAUUCCUGUAGUCAUGCUUCUGCUCCAGAUAUGCAUACCUUAUGCAACUGAACUACGGGAAACAGUUGCAGCUCUUCUCCAUCAAUGGGUUACAUCAGUUUGCUGUUUUCUUGGCUUGAGUACUUUCUUGUGUUCUAGACCUGAGGACAUUGGUGGGCAGGAGAUUGUAAAAGUGGAAAUGCGGCAGGACAAACUGAUAAUCGGAUUCAAGUGUGGGUUUUGCUGAACGAUAGGAUUGUUCUGGUGGAUGAAAGUUGGCGGGUUAAGUUUAAGAGGGCGAGAGAAAAUGAUUUCUUGAAACUUCCAAGGCAUUGGGUGCUGCAGGAAUUACUGAUCCCAAUCAUUAUGAAUCUGCUAAUGUCUCUCUGUCUACCGUACGUUUUUGCAAGAUGGAUAGUUCCCUCGCUUGGGUUUUCGCUAACAGUAAACUCCACUGUCUAUCGGUUCACUUGGGUAGCCUACCUGGCCAUAGUUGUACUGUUUUCCUGUGCCAAAAGAUUUCCUGUUUGGAUCACCAACCUUCACAAUUCUAUGCGAAAUGAACGUUAUUCUGGUUUGGGGCUACAAAAUUUUGGUGAAGCAGCAUUGGAGUGCCAAAGUUAGGUAAGAUGGGUAUCAGAAUCUCAAAGACACUAAAAAUCAAAGGUGAGCAGUUUUGCUGUUUUGUUUUCUUGGCAGGUAAAGUUCUUUUGAGAGAGGAUCAAAAUUGUUAUAUAAGCUACACAGUGUUGCUUGUAAAUAUUCAGAAUAGGUGCUUCGACUAGUGAGUAGGAUUUUCAAUACCAAAGGAAGGAGGUUUCAGAACU